GCCAGGCUCUUUUGAUUCAGCUUCACGUCGCCUUACCCCUCAUGGUUUUAUACCCUCUAUUAAACUUCCAUCUUUGACCAUACGGGUACCGGUUGUUAAGAUCGUCACUUUGCACUCCCAGGAGCGGUUGCACUCGUCGAACGGCACAUUCGCACUUGAGUAAAGAGGAGAAGAGGCAGUGCCCACCAUCAUGGGCUACGCUGAGCACAAAGCCCCAAUUCUCCUGGGGGCGGGAGUAGCACUCGGCUCUCUCUAUGUUCUGGGCAUUAUAGUGUAUCGAUUGUGGUUCCAUCCACUGGCGAAAUACCCGGGUCCGUUUCUGAACCGCGUUUCACAGAUUCCGGCCAUAAUAUCUGUGCUUACUGGUAGACUGCCAAUGAUGACGAAGUCUAUACAUGAUAAAUACGGACCCAUCGUCCGACUUAGCCCGAAUGAGCUGUCUUUCAACACGGUGCAGGCUUGGGAAGAUAUCUAUGGCCUCCGCAAGGGAAGGCCGAAUCUAGCGAAGGAUCCCAUUCACGUCGGUUCUGUUGAUCCCGUCCCAGGGGUCUCGACAAUUUCAAUGGCGGACAAUGAGACACAUGCCCGUCAAAGGAGGGCCUUGUCCCAUGGUUUCUCACAGCAAGCCCUCUGGGGCCAGGAAGAUAUCGUGCAGUCUUUCGUCACGAAGCUCAUGAGCAACCUCCAGGGGUUCGCGGAUCAGAAACAGUCGUUCAAUAUCGUCGAUUGGUUCAACUUUAUGACCUUCGAUGUUAUUGGCGAACUCGCCUUUGGCGAAUCUUUCGGUUGUCUGGACCGUGGAGACUUCCAUUUCUGGAUUACGCUCAUCUUCAGAGCUGUUCAGGCGGGUGCUAUUGAAACAGCGACGAGGCGCAUCGCAACACCCGGAUCUCCGCUCCAACAGUACCUCAUGAAGUGGAUCCCGAACGAAAUGCGAACGCAGCGAAAGGAUCAUCUGGCCUAUAGUAGGGAGAAGGUGUUGAAGCGUCUUGCCGACACCAAGAGCGAGCAGAAGGAUUUCAUCUACUAUAUUGUCCGACAAUCGAAGCGAAUCGACCUUUCUCAAGAUGAGAUCAUCGUCAAUGGAGCCCUCUUUAUAGUGGCGGGCAGCGAGACUACGGCCAUGACUCUUUCCGCACUGACGAACUUCAUGAUUGCGCAUCCGGAUAAGCUGGCGAAGCUUCAGGAAGAGGUCCGCGGUGCUUUCAGCCGUGAGGAGGAUAUUACUGUGGAGAAGGCUACGAACCUCCAGUACCUGAAUGCUUGUAUCGAAGAGACGCUGCGAAUGCUUCCUCCAGCGCCGAUCGGCUUCUUGCGAUCUGUGCCCGUGGGAGGAGAUACGAUUGAUGGACAGUUCCUUCCCGGAGGUACAACGGUUUCGGUCAGCACGUGGUGCGCGCAGCACAAUCCUGCGAACUUCAAGAACCCCGACGAUUUCAUCCCCGAGCGGUGGUUUGAUCCGGAAUAUGCGAACGACCACCGACUCGCCAGCCGUCCGUUUUCGCUUGGUCCGAGGGGAUGCAUUGGGAAGAACCUCGCGUAUAUGGAGAUGAGGCUCGCCUUGAGCCGCCUCUUUUGGCGAUUCGAUAUUGAGACGGUAGAUGGUGCUCCCGACUGGGCUACUGAGGGUCAGAUGAAGAAUAUGAGGGCGUAUAGCACGUGGGUGAAACCGCAACUGAAUGUCAGGGUUACGGCGGUGCAGCGAUAGGGAUUGAUGAAAGGACAUCGAGGAGCUUGUUGACGAUAUGAGGGAACGAUGACUCUACUGAUGUUUAGCAUUUCCAAGAGGAUGGCGUAUGCUUUUUAUC